AGGAGAUUGCUGACCUCACAGAGCAGAUUGCUGAGGGAGGAAAGGCGAUUCAUGAGCUGGAGAAAGUCAAGAAACAGAUUGAGCAGGAGAAAUCUGAAAUCCAGGCUGCUCUGGAGGAAGCUUAGGCCUCCCUGGAACAUGAAGAGGGGAAGAUCCUGCGCCUCCAACUUGAGCUCAACCAGGUGAAGUCUGAGAUUGACAGGAAGAUAGCAGAGAAAGAAGAAGAGAUUGACCAGCUGAAGAGAAACCACCUCCGAGUUGUGGAGUCCAUGCAGAGCACCCUGGAUAUCCAGCUGAGCCAUGCCAACCGCCAGGCUGCAGAGGCACAAAAGAACCUGAGGAACACACAGGCAGUGCUCAAGGACACCCAGAUACACCUGGAUGAUGCUCUCAGGACACAGGAGGACCUGAAGGAGCAGGGGGCCAUGGUGGAGCGCAGAGCAAACCUGCUGCAGGCUGAAGUUGAAGAGCUCCGGGCAGCCCCGGACACAGAGCGGUCGAGGAAAAUGGCUGAGCAGGAGCUUCUGGAUGCAAGUGAGCGAGUUCAGCUUCUCCACACCCAGAACACCAGCUUGAUCAACACCAAGAAGAAGCUGGAAACAGACAUUGCCCAAAUUCAGGGUGAAAUGGAGGAUACGAUCCAGGAAGCCCGCAAUGCUGAAGAGAAGGCCAAGAAGGCCAUCACAGAUGCAGCCAUGAUGGCAGAAGAGCUGAAGAAGGAGCAGGACACCAGUGCUCACCUGGAGAGGAUGAAGAAGAACCUGGACCAGACGGUGAAGGACCUGCAGCACCGUCUGGAUGAGGCUGAGCAGUUGGCACUGAAGGGAGGCAAGAAGCAAAUCCAGAAGCUGGAGGCCAGA